AUGGUUCCUAUUUUAAUCGAACUUAAGAAAAAUUGUCAGUUAUCAAUCUCUAAUAACAAUAAUAUAGCAGACAUUAACAAUGAUGAUAAUAACUUUCAAGACUUAUUUGACGAUAACGAUAUUACAACUGAUGAAGAAGAAGAGGAUGAACAGGCUUAUACACCAAUUAAUCUCAGGUGCAAAAAUCUAUCUUUUGUCUCAUUUGCUAAACGGUUCGCUACUGAAAAUUUACUUAGAGAUGAGUAUGAAAAAAUGAAAAAUAAUAUAGACAAAGAGAAAAAAAAUGUUAGAACGGAGGUUAAAUCAACUUCUGUAAAAAAAACAACUAAAAGUAGCAUUCUUUCUAGUUUUAAAAAACAUACGCCAGUUACG